ACUAUUGCACAGAACUGGAAAUGGCACCGACGCGCUGGGAGCCGCCAUCGGGUAUUAUCAUCGGCUGUGCGCAAGAGAAGGUCAGAGCUGACUGCCACUUUAGAACUGAGGCCGCACCUGGAAUACUCUCCAAAGAGGACUCAUGUUAGAUGCCUUCCCUGUCUUGAAGAGCGGAAGUCGGGAACUGGACGGUUCAUAGACCGCAGAAAUCUGAAGGCGCAUUUGGAAACAAGCACACAUUCUGCAGCUUGGACAAACCAUCAAGUGCGCGCUAAAAACCGAGAACCUGAAAUCGCUUCUAUUGACACCUCAUACACUGCAGAUGCUCUUCAGGACAUCGUUGGGCUCGAGGACAAUGUUGCUAUGUUGGCUUCGACACGUCUUGGGAUGUUCUCCGAGUCUUCCACGAACUUGAGCCCUGAACACCCAGAUCCAUCGUUGUUGGCGAGAGGCAGGGACGAUUGGUCGGCUCCGGUGCCCUUGUUGAUAAGCGAGUUGGGCCUUGGCUCGUCGGAUUUGUGUGAGGCAGACACACCCGAAAAGCGCAGAGCGCUUCUUGCACACCAAUUCCAGGAAAUCCUCAUGGAUGCAACGAAUGCCCAAACACCUCUUGACUUGCUGAGCGACGAGGAUUUUUUGGGGGAUGAGAUCAACGAGAUCAUGGCUCGAGAACAAGGAGAUGAAGACGAUGACCUUUGCUUUGAUUUUGAUGCACGCGCUUCAUCGGCAUACAGGCCGUAUCCGAACAAGGCCAUGAUGCUCCUUGAUAUUAUGGACAACUUGCCGCGCUGCCGCUUUACAAGCCUUCAGCUCUCCCUCAUAAUACAUUUUGCGAAACAGCUUGGGGCUCCGGAUAUCCCAUCUCUGAAGAGCUUUCGUCAGUUCCAACAAGUUCUACAGGAAAAAACGGGCCACAAACCAGUUCGAUGUGUAUCUCAAUUUGAGAAUGUCUUUUACAUGAACGAUAUCCGUGAUGCCAUUGCUCGGGAUCUGGCCAACCCGUUGGUUGCGCCGCACCUGCAUUUCUAUCCGGAGGAGCCAUCAGGUCCCAUUUCUGAGGUGUAUCAGGCCGAGCGAUGGUUUGAAUACACGGCAUCACAGUUAACACCGAUGUACAGUCGAGGUCACAAGCGGUGGUGGAUCGAGGAACUGUCUCGGCUUUAUGAUGGAACUUUCGUGAUUCCGCAUACCUGGAUUGUUCGCCAAGGAGUGCUUACCGCCGACGCAUCCGUUGUCAUACACAACCCCGAUGGCAGCUGGACCAUAUCCUCCGAGGAGCGGACAAUCCUGGCCGCUGACCUUGAGCUGGACUUCGGUGAUAUCACAGCCUUAUUCGGUCAAGAUUUUCAAUGGACGGACGUGAGUACGGUUCAGGUGAUGCCAAAUGUGCAGCGCAAACUGGUGGAUGAAGACGAAGACUUGUUUGUGGUCAUGGUCUCACCCUGGGCCGACGAUGUCUCCGGUAACCGAUCGAAACAAUACAAUAAACACAUGAAUAUGUAUACAGGCAACGGUUGCCUCCCUGGUCGUCUCCUCCAGCAGGAAUUCCACAUGCAUUUCCUCUCGAGUUCACCGCAUGCUACUUCACCUGAGCAAUUCUCCGCAUUUCGAGACCAAGUGAAGGCCACCGAGACUGAUCCCAUCCGAUGCUUCAAUGCAGCGACUAAACGAAAAGCCCGUGUCAUCCUUCGAGUUCCAUCGUUGCCUGCGGACAACCCACAGCAGUCCGAAGAGUCUUCUCAUAUGGGAAGUAACGCGAACUUUCCAUGUCGAAAGUGCCAUUGGGGCGGGACAAAGAUCGAGAAGGAAUCUGAUGAACUCUAUCAUCGGUGUCACUAUCCGGGCAUCAUGCGAAACACAGCUGAGAUACGCACUUGCCUUAGAAGACAGCUUGAGCUUGCAACUCGUGGGGACUCGAAACGAAUUGAAGAGCUUCAGAGAACAACGGGGACAAAAGACAAGAUUACACAACACUGGAUUGGUGUACUGCUUGACAAGUUCAAGUUAAUGAAAUCAAACGUUCCCCGGCCAGGGGUGGAAGAUAUUGCUGUCAAAUUGAAUCAAUGGCUGGACGAGCAACCCGGGGACAAAAUGAACCCAUUGCUUGAUCUUCUUGGCCUUGAUCCAUCGCAGGAUACACCCAUCGAGCUGCUGCAUACAGUCCUUCUCGGAAUCAUGAAAUACAUCUGGCACUUCAUGAAUACCAAAAAAUGGUCCGAUGAAGAUCGACACUUACUUGCGAUUCGACUCCAGUCCACAGACUUGAGCGGCCUCAGCGUUCCGCCCAUCCGGGCAGCAUACAUGAUACAGUACAAGAACAAUCUUAUCGGGAAACAUUUCAAGACUUUGAUGCAAACCCUUGCUUUCCACGUCCACGGCAUCGCAACACCCGAGGAGUUUUCCCUCAUGAAAGCAGCUGGGGACCUGGGUGCUCGUUUGUGGGUCCCGGAAAUCGAUGAUAUGACAACGUACCUGGCCGAAAUUGAAGUUGCUGUUGCGAACAUUCUUGAUGCAUUCGAUGCUGUGGACCCAUCACGGAUUUUGGACAAGAUCAAGAUACAUCUGUUGACUCACAUAGCAGACGACAUUCGACGCUUUGGGCCCCCCAUCAGAAGCGCGACAGAGAUCCAGGAGUCCUACAAUGCCGUGUUUCGACUGUGCUCGGUUUACAGCAACCGUCAAGCACCGAGCCGAGACAUCAGUACAAAGUUUGCUUCGAUGGCGCGCAUGAAACACUUACUGUGCGGGGGCCUCUGGUACAACGCUGACCGGGAUCAUUGGAUUAAUGCUGGAGAUGCUGUUUGUCGGGUCCUUCAGGAUGACGCUACAUUCCAGCAGUUCCUGGGUUGGACCAAGCCAAAAGAUGUUAGCCCAGGAUCCAUUUCGGCUAUGCCGAAGAGGAUUCCACUCCGAAAAUGGACGACGACGCAUGCAUCAAGAUACCAAGACUCAACCUUGUCUGCGAAACUGCCAAACGGAAGCACAGCAGAGAUGUGGAAAGCGGGGCAAACCUUGACAGCGCAGAGUGGUGACGCGAUCCAGAAGGGAGGCUGGGUUGUUGCAUUGGAUCCGCACGCCAAGGUUGUCUUUGGUCGGGUGAUCGAGCUUCUCCACUCGCCAGUCGCAAUCGUCACAAUUGAGUGCUUUGUGAUGGGUGAGAAGCGACAUCCAGACUUCAAGUGGCCAGUCUUACGCCGUCCAACUGGCCAGGAGAUAGUUGCAGGAGCGAAGAACUUCUGGGUCCUGGAGGGAAGUGCCGUUCAACUUGCGAUUUCCGUUCAACAUGACUGUCGAAGGGGGGGCUGCGAACCGAACAUCGUUCGCAAGGAGAAGCAAGAACGUGAAGAGACGAACCAGAUUACCAAGUUAAUCCAGCACUCUGACGAUGACCGCUUCAUCCUCAAUCUCUCCGCCUGUCAUAACCAUGUACAACUGUGCCGCAUCCUGCCUCCAGAGAUGACCAUGCUUGAACCACUCCAUCCGGAUCGAAAAACGUUCCAUACCCUGAUGUCAUCGCAAGCCCAAUCGAUCAAGACGAAAAAACGAAAAAGGACAGCCGAGAAACGACGAGCUACAGCGGCAGCCAAGCGCGAAGAUGCAGAUAGGGCGGAGGGAGAGGCAGGAAGGGCCGAGAAAGUAAUCGAUGAAGAGGCAGACGGGGCGGCAGAUAGUGACCUAGAGGGUUCAGACGCUGGAGGAUCGCCUGGGAUGGAGACAGAAGAACUGGCAUUUGUGUCUGUCGACUUGGAUGAGCGACCGCGAAAAUGGCGCAAGGCAGCCAUGUGA